UAUUGUAAAGAGCUGCGCGCGUAUUCUUUUGUUUCCCCCAAUAAAUCCAUCCCCGCGAACACAAGAAGUGAAGUUCUGUUGCGCGAUCCGAAAUAGUGCCAAGUCCAAUCUAAACCGCAAUUAGUGGCCUAAUUGGGCAAGUUUUGUGGUGAUCUACCAGCCUUUGGUGAGAAAGGUGGUGAUCAGUGUGAGUGCCAGGUGGUGACGUCUGCCGGAGGUUCAAGACCUGCAAGACCUGCAAGACCCGCUUGGACCAAGUAACCCCCGUCAGUUACAUGAUCUCCAAGUAUGGAAUAAUAAGACCGAAAUUGAAAACCAAAUUGACAGCCAGAGUACGGUUUCGCCGGAGUCCAUCGCCAACUUCAUAUCUGCAAUGCAAAGUGGUCAUCGUCGUCGUCGGUCGUCGUUUACCGCCCGCACAACAGGCCGAAUUGUUUCCGGUGGACUUGUUCCGGGCUGUGGCCCGUUUGAACUUUUUGCGCUCUCAACCGACGACAACGUUGACUACAAGAUCUGCGCCAACUGCUGCACCAGCCUCGAACUGUGCGUCAAAUUCCGCCAGACGUGCAUCCAAGCCACCAAAACCUUGGAAGAAAUCAACGCCCUCAAUCUCGCCUUCAACAUCAAAUCCCUCAUCCCGCAACCCCCGCUCGAAAUCAAACAGGAACUUCCAGAACCACCAACGGAAGCCACACCACCAGCCUCCUAUCUGGACCACCAUUUGCUGUUCAACCGCGACGAUACCAUCGAUCAAGUCAGCCUGGAGCAGUACGGACUGAACUUCGUUUCGCCAGCAGCGUUGCCUCCACUGCUCGAAACCGAAAGCUGGUCAGCGGAGCCUUCUUGGAUCGGAUUUCCCUGGGAACAGAACGACCUGACAUUCGAGGCAACAUUUCCGCCGCCGCCAUCUUUGUUCCACCACCAGCAAGCAAUGACCGCUGUGCAACCGUUUAUGACCUCCUCAGGCUCCCAGCAACAACUGCAGUCCUCCCAAAAAAUUGUCCGUUCCAAGUACUUCUGCAAAAUCUGCGAGAAGCACUUCUUCCAGCGCAACGUCCACAUGCAACACCACGAACGGUACAGCCGGAACUGCUUCCAGUGUUUGGACGAGAAACUAAUCGGCGCGUAUCAACCGGACGCAGCUUCCAAGCGGCACACGUGCGAGAUAUGUCUGGUGGUGAAGGAGAGCUGCGCCGACUUCCUGCAGCAUGCAAUCGCUCACCACGCCGAGGAACACCGGGCUAGGGAUUCGUACAAGUGUGACCGGUGCGACAAAGUGUUUGUCCUGAAGGCGGAAAACAGCCGCGGAAAGGUGCACAACUGCGUCAAGAAGCUGCGCUGUCCGCACUGCCCGCAGACGUUUUACUACGCGAAAAGUUACAAGAAACAUCUGCAGUUUUACCACAACGUUGGCCAGGUGGAGGAAACGAGUUCGAGGGUGGGGGAUGGGGAGGGGCCAUCGGGUGAGGUUGACCAUUAGGGGGUCGUUACACGGAGAAAAUGAGUUCUGAAAAUCGUGAAUAACGACCAUGGCAUUUGAACACUUUGUUUGUGGUUCCCAAUUUCAUGAGCGCUUGUUCACGAUUUUCGGAACUCAUUUUUCUCCGUGUAGAAAGCGCGUUGAUGGUACUUAAUGCGCUGGAUAAUCAUUCAGAAAUGGAUGUUAAUUUCGAUUAAUCAGAAAAUUUGCUGAUAUGAAAUGAACAAAAGUCAUUUGUGAAUUAAGGCUGCAUAUAAAUUUAAAAACUAUUAUUGAGCUUCCAUAAAAUUACUUUUAACGCACCACGUGCUUGCUGCCCAACAAAGCGUCGCGCCUACUGUGAAGCAUUCUCGCUUCACCUUCACAGAGAUGAAAAGCAAACACACAAACCGAACGAAUUAUGUUUGUUCGCGACAUCUUGCGGUCAAUAGCGAAACUGGUUAUAGGAUAAACAAGUUAAGUUGCUGGAAUCGUUCAUUUCCUCGGUCAUAACCAGGUCCUAGUACCGAAAAGGACCUAAUAAAAAAAAUAAAAAUAAAAAAAUAAAAAAAAAUCGUUCAUUUCGCGAGUUUUUUUUUUGAAAAGGUCCUAUAAGCUAUUGUGUUUCAUAU